AUGGCUGUGUCUCUGCUGUACUUGAAUCCAAAUGAUCAAUUCGCUCGCAAUAUCCCCGAACAAGCGGACUCCCAAGAUAAAGCACAUGUUCUACCUCCUCCACCAAAGCCCGAAUUCGAGAGCCCACCUCCAGCGAAACAGAGCCUACAUGCAGCGGCACGGAAACGAGAGGAUGCUAUUCCACGGGACUCUCCGUACUUGUACGACGGGCGACACCCCCGGAAGCAUCCACCCAUGCAGCCGAUCGGACUGCAAGCUCUGCGCCAUCCUGCGCUGCUCCUUCGACCCGCACAAAUCCCCCCGCACUCGCGCUACAAGGCCAUGCUGUACGCGAACGUCACACUCGGCCGGACCAAGACGUUGUAUCAAGGGAAACACGGCCUGCGAAGAGCGCCCGAUGGCUGCGACUCGGUGACUGCCGCGACGUUCGCGCAGGGGGGAUCUGUACAAUACCCCGAAAUGAUCGUCUAUAACGAAGACGCCAUCUGCGUCAACUCGCUCAUUAUUUAUGAGGAUUGA